CCGGAAGUCGGCUACAUGCGGUCAACAGCGAGCACGUGGGGUCAGUUCGAAGACAGACGGCUUACGGAAAAGACGUGUUUUUAUCUGGAGCGCUCGUUUACUCCGCCACGGUCGACAAGGGAAAGACAUUUUAAUCGCAAAUCUUCUCGACACCGACGUACAAAAAGUGACAUGCCAACUACUGAUCAAUUUCUGACUUGUCCUGACUAUAUACGUCCAGCCUCAAGAGGUUCCAGUAAUUUGACCAAAAUCGAACGCCUACGGAAUGCUGAUUUACCAAACGAACCAAACAAUAUACCUUAUUUUCCAGCGAAAAGAGGAUCUGCUGAUGUUGUGUGUAGUUAUUGUGGAGUGUAUACGGGAAAUGAAAAUCAUCCUUGUAAGGUCUGUGACUUAGUGUUCCACAAAAUUUGCCUCAACAAAUAUUAUGUAGAAACAUGCAAUGAUACUUUGCUUGACAUGGAUCCUUGUCAAAUAAAUGAAGAGAGCUGGACUUGCCAUAACUGUGAGGAUCUUUUGGCUUUACUUACCAUUGAGGAAUAUAAUUCAUUGAUGAGGAUGUUUGAAAAGUUUGGAAUGCAAAAAGAUACUCUUGUUACACAUGCAAACUUUUUACGUUUCCGAAGAGGAGUUUACAAUAAUAUUCAUGGAGAGGAUAUGAAACCUGAUGAAAUGAAGAAAUCAAUGCAGCAUUUUGAACAUAUGGAUGUGAAUGACAAAGGAGAAAUUACCCGGAAAGAUUUCAUAAACAGUGAAGUCAUCAGAAUUCUCAAGCAACGGCCUGAACAUAAGAUAACAUGUCUUUUAAAACCAAAAGAAAUAGAAGAAGUGCGUGCCAUAUUCAGAAGUAUUGAUAGCCUUGGCCAAGGAUCUGCCAAAAAGAAUGCUGUUCAAGGUGCAUUCAUUAAAUGGCUAGCUAAAAGGAAGAAAAUCUCUGUUUCAAAAAGUAAAUCCAGAAAAUGUUCUUUGGAUGAAAAAAGAGACAAAGAAUAUAUUCGCAAACGAUCACUACCUGGAGAUAAUUCCAAAACAAUUAUAUGGCAAGAUUUUGUGUCUCAAUAUGCUCUUGCAGUCAUUGCAGCUCGACCUAAUACAUAUGGAUAUAUUUACACAGAUGAAUAUAUUCACUUACUAAGCAAUUGUUGAGAGAUAUAAUAAUGGACUUAAUGUAAACUGAAUUUUGUGAAUAUCACAAUUAUUUAAACAAGAACUAUAAUUAAAAAUGGAAUUAAGACAAACUCCUUACAAGAAUAUAAUAACAUAAAUUGUCUCUUGAACACCAAUGCAUGAUUAAAUAGACAAAAUCUCUUUGACUCUGAAUGUGUUUUGUGCAAAUGCUGCUGGUCCAACUAAACUGGAAAAAAUAAAAUUGUCUCAAAAGUUUUUAAAAAAUUAGAAAGAAUAAUGCUCAAUCUA